AUGUCGACUUCCAGCUCUUCUGGAUCUACUCCUCAGCUUUCGGUCCUAUUGCCAGCCGACACAGCCCAGAGAGAUCUUUCGAUGCAGGCGGGAGAUGGAGCCUCAGCUGUUUCAGCCAGUUGCGAAAUGGCAACGGCCUCUUCUACAAUGAUUGAGAAAGGCAUCACACCUUUAUCUACCUCGAAGCUGGCGAACCAGGGCUAUCCAAAAAACCAGGCCUUGAAAAUCGAAGAUGGCGGCCCUUUCUUGAAAGUCUUAGAUCAGGGUUCCUCAAGCACUUCACUUCCAAUUACUCCAGCCACCGAGGAUUUCCCUGCUGCGGCUUUAGCCACAAGACCAGCUAGCGUUACGCUCGACGAUCCUCGUGCAGAUGCUGAAGAGGUUUUUCGCCUAAAACUACAGCUUGCGCAAGCGCGGAACCAUAUCUCCAAGCUUGACCAUGAACUUGCUCAGACGCGGUUUUUCAAGGAGCCCGAUGUGCCCAUUGCUCGUGUUGAAGCGGCUCCGCGAGACAACAUUUGGAACAGAGGCACGCCGGACGAUACUCAGUCCGAUACCAGUGAUUCUGCCUCUGCUGUUGCACUGAAUCGAGCUCGUGGAAUCUGGGGACCUACCAAGAGCUCGUUUGCCAACAACGGCCCUCUUCAGCCACCCGGUCCAGAGCCGUCACCCGGUCAUUGGUUCGGAGGGCGAGGAUUUAAUCAUACCUGCGUAGACCCAAAUCAACCUUACGUGUUGAUCGACAGCCAUCGUGCUGAGCGUCAGACUGCCGACCAUGACCUCGUACCUCGCCCUCAUCCAAACCGGCGCGGCGCCCGUUUCGAUAAUCGAAUGAAUGCGAACCACCAAUUUGGAGGCUCUUUCGUCAAUCUGAACAAUCCAGCCCACCAUUUCGAUCCCAUUGGAAACCCAGUUCCAGUUCCUGUGCCAGGCGUUCAUGUGAACGUUGGUCCGGCGCUGCCUCCUAUGGGAGUGAACAUGUAUCCUCCUUUCCAUCAGCAAGCAAUGGGUACUCCUCUUUCUCCGCACGCCUCAGAGUUUACCUCUAAGGCUAGUUGGAAGAAUGAGGUACCCAGCAAUGUGGUGGAGAUAAAUCACUACCAACCGCAUGCUGAUGAAAAACAGGUUGUUGCGUCUGAAGGACCAACCUAUCUCCCGCCAACAGAGCCUCUUAACUAUCGCCGCCUUCUCGAUCGAAAUGUGAAUUGCAACUGGAAGUACAUUGUGGACAAAAUAGUCUGCAACAACGAUCAGCAAGCUUCCAUCUUUUUGCAGCAAAAGCUUAAAGUAGGCACCCCUGAGCAGAAAUACGAAAUCGUCGAAGCCAUUGUGGCCCAGGCAUACCCUUUAAUGGUCAACAGAUUUGGUAAUUUUCUUGUUCAGCGCUGCUUUGAGCAUGGAACUCCAGAACAGGUGAUCAAGAUUGCCGAAGCCAUUCGAGGCAAUACUCUGAACCUCUCCAUGGACCCUUUUGGUUGCCAUGUCGUCCAGAAGGCGUUCGACUCGGUCCCAGAGGAAUAUAAGGCGAUUAUGGUCCACGAACUCCUCCGCCGCAUCCCCGAGACCGUGAUCCACAGAUAUGCGUGUCACGUUUGGCAAAAGCUCUUCGAGUUACGUUGGAGCGAAUCUCCCCCUCAGAUUAUGAAAUUCGUCAACGAGUCUCUGAGGGGCAUGUGGCACGAGGUUGCCCUGGGAGAGACUGGCAGUCUCGUUGUGCAGAACAUUUUUGAAAACUGUUUGGAGGAUGACAAGCGUCCCUGUAUCGAAGAGGUCCUCGCCAAUAUUGACAUUGUGGCUCACGGCCAAUUUGGAAACUGGUGCAUCCAACAUAUAUGCGAACAUGGGGGCCCCCCUGACCGCAGCCGAGCCGUCGACCACGUCAUUAGAUACGCAGCAGAAUAUAGCACCGAUCAAUUUGCCUCCAAAGUAGUGGAGAAGUGCCUCAAGAUUGGGAACACUGAGUUUCUCGGCCGAUACCUUGAUCGAGUUUGCGAGGGGCGCCAAGACCGCACCCGCAUCCCCCUAAUUGACAUUGCCAGUGACCAAUACGGAAAUUACCUUAUCCAGUGGAUUCUUAACAACGCUUCUCCUCAACAUCGUGAAAUGGUAGCUGCCCAUAUUCGAAAGCACAUGGUUUCGCUCAGGGGAUCCAAGUUUGGAUCUCGUGUUGGCAUGCUGUGUACCAAUCACGCGGUCACAACUCGUCCAGGCCCAGGCGUUGGCCCGGGCAUGGGCAGUAGCCGUAUCGGACCAGGACCAGCGAGAUUCAGUGCCACUUACCGUUGA